GCUUAUAUAACAACCACUUUAUGGAGAUCUUCCCCUGUUUACGUAUGAAUCGAAUGGGCUGACAUUAACCCCUUCCCCCUUCUACCCUUUUUGUCUAGAACCUUCUGUCUCGCAUCGCAGCCAUGGCAUCUCCAUCUCAGGCUAGUCUCCUUCUUCAGAAACAGCUCAAAGAUCUCUGUAAAAAUCCUAUUGACGGAUUCUGGGCCGGUCUUGUUGACGAAAGCAAUAUUUUCGAAUGGAGCGUCACGAUUAUCGGGCCACCCGAUACAUUAUAUGCGGAGGGUUUCUUCAAUGCUAUAAUGACAUUUCCACAAAAUUAUCCAAAUAGCCCUCCAACAGUGAGAUUUACCUCCGAGAUUUGGCAUCCUAAUGUUUACUCAGAUGGCAAAGUCUGUAUAUCAAUCCUUCAUCCCCCUGGUGACGAUCCUCAUGGCUAUGAGCUUGCAAGUGAGCGUUGGACACCAGUCCAUACGGUGGAGAGCAUAGUUUUAAGUAUUAUAUCAAUGCUUUCUAGCCCCAAUGAUGAAUCUCCUGCAAAUGUGGAAGCUGCGAAAGAAUGGAGAGAAAAAAGGGACGAGUUCAGGAAGAAGGUGGGUCGUUGUGUAAGGAAAUCACAAGAACUCUUGUAAAAAAUCGCAUGCAUUUUAAGAAACCAGUUGCUAGUUACUAGUUUUGCUAGAUCACCA